AUGGCCACCGAGCUUACCGUCCAGUCGGAGCGUGCUUUCCAGAAGCAGCCUCACAUUUUCCUGAACUCCAAGACCAAGGUCAAGACUGCCCGCCCGGGCAAGAACGGCCGGAGAUGGUACAAGAACGUUGGUCUGGGUUUCCGGACGCCCAAGACUGCCAUUGAGGGCAGCUACAUCGCGAAACGACAACUCUGGCCGGCCGAACGAAUAGCGACGGAAAUAGCGAUGCGAAGAAGGAAACGAGCUGGCGAACAUCUGGCAAAUGUAACAUGGAAAUCGGUGACGGCAAUCAUGGCAUUGAAACUACUCGGCGACCGUGACGAAAACUGUACUGGACCGUCAUACGACUUUGAAUGCAAGGACGAACAUGAAGAUACUGUCGCCAGUCCGUGCAAAAAAACGGAAAUCGUUGCAAGGAACGCCAUUUACGACGCGAGACAUACGUCCCACAGCAACGACGACGGCCAGAGUGCUCGACGAGAAUUUCGGCAUGAUUGUCGCUUGGAUAAUAACGUUCGCGACAAGAAGUGCCCCUUCACCGGCCUCGUCUCGAUCCGCGGCCGUAUCCUGACCGGCACCGUCGUCUCCACCAAGAUGCACCGCACCAUCAUCAUCCGGAGAGAGUACCUGCACUACAUCCCCAAGUACGCCCGUUACGAGAAGCGCCACACGAACCUCGCCGCCCACUGCUCCCCGGCCUUCCGUGUUGAGGAGGGUGACCAGGUCACCGUUGGCCAGUGCCGUCCCCUGUCCAAGACUGUCCGCUUCAACGUCCUGCGCGUCCUGCCCCGGACGAGCAAGGCCGCCAAGUCGUUCAGCAAGUUCUAA